AUGGAAGCUAGUUUGCUCGCCAACAAUUCCUUCACCAAAUCCACAGAACAACUGAUUCCCACAAUCAGAGCCGGAUCUUUAGCAUUCUCCAAGAGAUUUUCUCAACAACUCCGGUGCAAAAAAGUUAGAGUUCCUUAUCAUAUAUCAUGCUGCCACUCAUCAUCAUCACCAUUAGAUGAUGACAAACCUACACUGAGUGGUGACUGGAGGGCCUUCAGGGCAAAGCUUGUGCUUGGAGGACUGCAAUUGCUAAGGGCUGAUGAAGCCUCUUCAAUGGCUGAUCCAGACACUGUUGUGGAUCAGCCUCCACUAAUAACCAUUGGUGAUAAAUGGGCCCACAAAAUCCAUGAGCCUGAAAAAGGUUGCUUACUCAUUGCCACUGAAAAGCUUGAUGGGGUCCACAUAUUUGAACGGACGGUGAUCCUUCUUUUGUCAACUGGGCCAUUAGGCCCAUCAGGGAUCAUAGUCAACAGACCAUCAUUGAUGUCCAUCAAGGAGACAAGAUCAACAGCUCUGGAUGUGGAGGGCACAUUCUCUAAUAGUCCAUUGUUCUUUGGAGGGCCCUUGGAGGAAGGGUUGUUUUUGAGUGUGGGUUGUGCUGCUGAAAUGGUGAAGAGGAAUGUUGUUGGGCUUGGAGAUUUUAGGUUUUUUGAUGGGUAUUGUGGUUGGGAUAAGGAGCAAUUGAAGGAUGAGAUUAGGGCUGGGUAUUGGACUGUGGCUGCAUGCAGCCCAAGUGUGGUUGGGUUGGCGAAUGUUGGAAGUAUUGGGCUUUGGAAUGAGGUCCUUGGACUUAUGGGUAAAAGGAAGGUCAAAUGA